UGGUAGGAUCUUCUUUCCGCAGCUGCAGUGGUCUUCCUCCACUCGUGUAUAUCCGGAACGCAACUCUAUAAGUUCCAGAUGAGAGGAGGGUUUCUGGGAUCUUUUUCUAUUGGUUGAGAUGCAAGAGGGUUGCCAUUCGCUGCAAACGCCCCAGUGUAGCAAGCAGUCUCCAACAGAAUGGCAAAUCAGGCUAAGCCAGUUCUUUACGGAUAUUUCAGAAGCUCUUGCUCCUGGCGAGUUCGCAUUGCACUGGCUCUGAAAGGAAUUGACUAUGACCAGGUUCCCGUAAACCUGAUAAAAGAUGGUGGGCAACAGUUAACGGACCAGUACAAGAGACUGAACCCCAUGCAGCAAGUGCCUGCUCUGACCAUCGAUGAUGUGACAUUAUCUCAGUCGUUGGCCAUCAUCCAGUAUAUCGAGGAGACGCGGCCCGGCCCCGCUCUCCUCCCCGCGGACCCCAAGAGGAGAGCUGAGGUACGCAUGAUCAGUGACAUCAUCUCCUCUGGGAUACAGCCACUGCAGAAUCUUUAUGUGAUUAAGAAGAUUGGAGCUGAGAAGGAGCAGUGGGCCCAGCAUUUUAUUCAGCGUGGCUUUGAAGCACUGGAGCCAUUACUGAAGCAGACUGCCGGGACAUACUGUGUAGGGGACGAGAUAUCCAUGGCAGAUCUUUGCCUAGUGCCUCAGGUCUACAAUGCUGAGAGGUUUAAAGUUGACGUCUCACAGUUCCCGACCAUCGAGAGGCUUAAUCAAACACUGUCAAAGAUUGAAGCCUUCAAAGCCAGCCACCCGUCAUGCCAGCCAGACACACCAGAUGCCAUGCGACAGUAACAUGGAGCGCCGCUAUGUUCCCAAGCCACCACAGGGGGCACUGUGGACCUGUGAAACGUACAGUAGACAUGUAUGCUGGAUCUCAAAUGGCACACUUGUGCACUUCGGGCACUAUGUUUCAGUGUGUUAUCGAUACGAUAUACGCACUGAAACAGUGCCUGAAGUGCACAAGUGCGCCACAGAUCCAGACGUAUACUCGUGUCACCUAUGUAGAAAGCCUACGUGUCUGUCUGUCUGUGAUGUGAAGGCUAGGAUUGGAAGGAAGCUGACAGGUGGUUUAGAUUAUGUCCAUAUGGACAUGGACAUUUCCAUGUGGAUAAACAUGUAUACAUCAUGUCUACGUAUGGUUAUGACUGGUAGGUAGCACAGGAUUCUACAGCUGUCAAGUCAUGAGGGUGAGGAUCACAACAGUAUUUCACACAUUCCUUGUGCCAAAGUUACUUAAUUUCAGGACGGUAUUACUUAAAAUGCUUUGAACGAAAUGAUUUACUGGAAGCAUGACACUUGAUGUACUUCAGAUUUUGCUCUCACUCAAUCACUGUAUGUCUAUGCCAUCACAUACUAGGGUGCUGCCUUUGUCAUGGAAGUUGAUGUCAAAUGAAUUUAGAGUCAUUGUUUUGAUAGACCGGUAGGAAAAUAAAACUUUCAGGACAUGCAAAUUAAAACAAUAUGAUUUGCAUUGGAAAUACCCCGGUAAAGUGCAAAUAAACCCUCACAUUUUCAAUACA